UUGGCUUCGGUGUCACAAAGAAGCAAUACUUUGGCAAGAUUAAGAAGCGAACAUCGGCUUCUUCAUCCGAGGUCUAAGAGUUGAGAGAAGAGCAAGCUGUUAUAAAGCAAUAGCUAGAAGCCCAAGCGAAGUUAAUUGACAUGCUAUUGAAGGGCCAGAUCCCUGGGAAGCUUUUGGGUGACGUUAGCCCCAGCGAAAAAGAUAGCUGCAUAGUCCCUUCAGACAAAAUACCCGAGGGCGAGAAUGACUACAACUGUUUAGCAGACGAUCUGUCACGCAAAGUAGUUGCAACGAGACGCGUGUAUAACAUUGCCAGGGACAAAAUCCAUAACCUUUCCCUCCCGCUCGAUUGCAUUAGGGUUUCCUUGCUUGUUGCAAUCGACCCCAAGUAUCUAUUACCUUAUUCUACUGAUGAGAUGCAGACGGUAGGAGAUGCGUUGGGGAGCUUCGUUACAUGGCCCAGCCACCUUGUUAUGGCUAGUACACCAAAGUUGACAAAAGACCCAAAGCCGCCAAAAGACCCCUUGUCACCAAAGAAAAAGCCAAGGGGGAAAAGCAAAUUGAAGAGUAAGGUGUCGGGCCAUACUAAAGAGUCAGUCACAAUUUCGCAACAUGCAGUGCCUAUGCCUAUUGUAGAAAACAAAUUCCGUGACUCUCUUGAGACCUAUACUUCGGCUACGAGGAUGAUUCGUCAAGAGCCGAUAGGGGAUAUCAUUAAUUUUGACGAUGGGCUAUUUGGUAGAGCAUCAUUUGAAGUCGUUCGAGAUGAAAUUUUAAAUGAAAUCCUCAAGCACGAUAUGGCGAGCACUAGUUUGAUGACUUUCUACAUGAGUCACCUUUAUAUCUCAUUUAUGGUUCCUGGUGGCCUCGAGUCAAAGAUCAAGCUGGUUAAUCCUCAUGAUGUCUCUCCCCACAAUAAUAUUACAAAGGAAGCCCUUGAAAAUCAAGUAAGAAUGCUUUCGGAUCAAUUUCAAAAAAGGGGAGCAGCGAAGAAUACUUUAUUUCUCGCUCCUUACUGUCAAGGGGGACAUUGGAUGCUUAUUGUGGUUAAUCCCGUUGCUCCAAAAAUAUGGUAUCUCGAUCCCUUUAAUGGAGAGCCAAGCAACAGGGAAGAUAUGGUGGUACUUUUUAAUGAUGUCCAUUCCAGCCAAAUUAGAGCAAUGACUGUGGUUAUUACUUGAUGAAGUUCAUGAAGGACAUUAUCACUCAUGCCCCUACCACAUUAUCUAACAAGGUUGAGACAUCAAUAGGAGUAGAGGGAAAGACUUGGGCCAAGAGUAGUGAGACUGCUAUUGUAUGGCUCUUCUUUGUAAUGUGUAAUGUGUAAUGAGUGUCUUUGUGUGUG